AUGGCGUCCAAGGCGUUCGCGCUGUUCCUGGCCGUGAACCUGGUGGUGCUGGGCGUAGCCAGCGCCUGGACGUGCCCCCCGCCGCCGCCCACGCCGACGCCGCCCACGCCGACGCCGACGCCGACGCCGCCGGCGCCGACGCCGACGCCGCCGGCGCCGACGCCGUCGUCGUCCGGCACGUGCCCCCGCGACGCGCUGAAGCUGGGCGUGUGCGCCAACGUGCUGGGCCUCAUCAAGGCUAAGGUGGGAGUGCCGCCCGCGGAGCCAUGCUGCCCGCUGCUGGAGGGGCUCGUCGACCUGGAGGCCGCCGUCUGCCUCUGCACCGCCAUCAAGGGCAACAUCCUCGGCAUCAACCUCAACCUGCCAAUCGAUCUCAGCCUCAUCCUCAACUACUGCGGCAAGACCGUGCCCACCGGCUUCAAGUGCUGA